AAGAGGAAGGCGGCGGUCGCGAACGUCCUGUCAGUUAAGGCUUCAUCUCCAGCCCCUCAAAUGUCAAAAUUGCCACAAUCAAUGUUUUUUUGACGUUUGUGCGACCACGUCCAGAGGGUUUACAGACAUGAUAAAGCAGAUAAUGUAAAUACCAAGUGACACAAGAUGUCUCUUAUAAAAAUAAGAGGAAGAACUAUACUAUCCCCUAUUCUCACAGAAGAAGAACGAAUUGAAGCGAGAGCUUUCCGCGAAAAAGCCAUUCUUUAUCAGCGCCAUCUUGACCAUCAAAGAAGUCAGCAGUUGCAACAAUGCAACUAUCAGUAUCAACAGCAGCAAAAAAGUAACAUCAACUAUCAGCAACAAAUAAGGACUUCAACUGCAUCUAUAUCUGGAGCAGGAAGUAGUAAUAAAGAAAUACUUGACAAUGAAAGAUCAUCAUCCAAGAAGACUAACAAGAACGUAAAUAAGAAUGAAAUGAGACAACCCAUCCCUGCUGGCAUAAAAAAUCUUAGCUGUGGGGAAACGUCAUCAUCUUCGGCACCUAGUAGCCAAGGGAGUGGUGGAGAGUUGACCUCCGAGGGCCUUGAGGACUCGCCAAGUGCUGCUAAUGUUUCCGUGCAAACUGAGUCAUCUGGCUCAAUAACUACGAGUACAGAUCUGCACCACUACCUCAAUAACUCUUUAGACACAUCACUUGACACUUCUAUAAGUGUUUCUCAUGAUAUCUGGCGCAACUCCCCGUCACUGAUGGAAGUAGAUGAAGCUCUUCUAAAAAGUGAAUCUACUGAGGUGGCCACCAAUCUUAUUCUUGGCCGUCUUCAUCCGUCCGUCAUUUUGAAUUCUCCUUUCAAGCCUAAAACAUCUCGUCAAGAGUCACAGACCACAGAAACAACAAGUUCCACUUUGAUUCAGGGACAUCUGUCGUCUGGGAAACACACAAUAUCAGAAGGUCAGGACACUGCUACAGUGGGAUCUGUCAGCUUAAGCUUUGCAUCUGUGUCUGAAGAGGGAUCUGAGGAAGGCCUAGAAGUAUUAGAAGUUUCAGAAGAAUUGCUGGACAUUUCAGAAGAAGAUAAAGAUGCAGGUUUCCCGAGUGAGUUAGAGUCUGAUGUACAAAGAUAUGACAAAGACGACAGUCAAGACAACACCUCAUCAAGGACAAAAAGUACAUCUGGAGUUGAUACUGAUGAAGGGUUUCCUAGCACAAAGGAAAAAUGGAGGGAAAAUGUUGUACAGCAGCGUGACUCAGGACGUGGUACAAGCCACAGUGAUUAUCUUGAUAGCUAUUUGGACCUUUUAACCAGUCGAAGUGGAAGCAGUCUUAGUUUUCAUCCAAGUGGGACUUGUGCAUCCAAGUGUGAGACUACUGUUCCAACCACAACUGUAUCUGCUGUGUCAGGAAUCUCGGGUAGCAAAAUGACUGAUAAUUUUUCUCCUAAAUUAGUCUCUUCGUUAGGUGCUGCAAAAUCUAUUGUUAAGCCAAGACUUGUCAGCUCUGAAGAGAAUUUAGAAAAGAUAUGUCCAGCAUCUAAACAGAUUAUUCAGAAAGAAUUAGCUCUAAAGAAAUUAAAAAGUCCACCACAGCCGGUUGAAACUCCUGAGGAUAAGGAUUUGGAAAAAGAGGAUGACUCAAUUACUGAGGAAGUUGAAGCUUUUGACAGAAUUGAAGACUGGCCGAAAGAAAUUUUGUUGAAGCCCAGAGCUGCUUCAGCAACUCCUGAACGAAAGGAAAGGAAGAGGAGCAGAAGUAGAAGAUGGUCAUCUUGCCAGCCAUUGGAUCCAAGGCGUAGUGUUGGAAGCAAGUAUUUGGAUAGUUACUUAGGUAAACUCACGGAUGAUGCUUGGCUUCAGUAUCCCACCCAGCUAUGUGAUCGACGCAUGGUGUAUCUCAGUUCAGAUGAAUACAUUAAUGCUGUAAGGCCAAAACCAGCACAGAAUUCAUUUGAUCAGCAAUUUACAAGUACAGAUAUGUCUGAAAAUUCAGCUUCAGAGGAAACCAGAAACUUACAUACAUCUACCGAAUCACUCCAUAGUUCUAAUCCAGAUGGUGUAAUUAGAGAAAAUCCUGCCGAUAGAAAUUCAGGUUUUUCUUUAGCAGAAGGUUCAGUUGUAGAACAAGAAGCUAGUGAGCAAACCACAGGUAAAGAUAGCGAGGUAAGAGGUGAAGCGGAAAACACUGCAGUUCCACAAGAUGUAACUUUAAAUUUUGAUCGGGAUAUCCCUCCGAAGUUAGAAGCUGCACGUAUUUCUGAUGAUGCCGAUGUAAUUGUAUGUCAGCUGAAGCAAAAAGGUAAUACUGUAGUAAGCUCUUCUCAUUCCUCACAAGAUAGCAGGACACUUAGUGAUGUUGAUGUGUGUAGACAUCAUUCUGAAAGUAAUGAUCAGCAAGGGGACAGUACUAAUUUAGAAGCAGUUGUAAUUGUGGAAUAUGAUAGUGAAGAUGCUGAUAGAGUGCAGGGUGAUAUCACUGGUAGAUUACCAGAUGAAAGUAAGGUCCCUAAAGAUGAUGAAAUACAGAAAGGGAAUACAGUGUCCAGUGGUGUUUCUCAGAAGCCUCAUGAAUCUGGUUUUGUGUAUGAUGAAGAUAAGUACUUGAAAGCAUCAAGGUCAGAAUACAGAUCAAAGGCAGAACCUAGAAGUGUUGAAACAACUCCAACUACUGAACAUGAUGAUGGGCAAGACAGUUCCUCUGAUGAUAGCAGUGAAACAGAACCAAGCACAAUUGUAUGUCUUGAAGAUAUUCCUUUGGAAUCCCCCAGUGAGAGCAAGACUAUAUCAACAGAUAGUGAAGAACAUAGUUUCAUUAAAGGGGAGAAGGGAAUUAGUGACAAAGGAGAGAAUGGUAUGUCUUCCUUGGGUAUGAAUGGACUUAAAAGUCACAGGAAAGAAACAGUAAUUAGUGUUUCUGAACCAUCAGAAGCAGUAUCCAGAUCCAUGGGUGAUCAAAGUAAUUUAACUAAUCAUAGCAUCAAAUUAAUAACAUCUCAAAAAAUGGACAAAUUUAAGAUAGAAAAACUUUCAAAUAGUGAUUCAGCUCCUUUAAAACAAGUCAGUGGAAAAACGAAAAUAUUUGAGUCCGACGUUGAAGAGUCAGAAGAAGAGUGUUUAGUGGUUCAGGUCAUUUUGGACGAAAAUGGUGCCCAUGAAAACCAGAAAUCAUUAUGCGAUAUUGCAAAAUUGGAAACUAAGAAAAAACACGAAUUAGUUAAUGACAAUAUUACCAGAAAUGAAUUGAUAACGGUUGCAAACAUAGCUGAUAGUGAAAUGGAGUUGGCUCAGGGAAGUCCAGUAAAUGGCUGGGAGGUAACACCUGAACAGGGAGCAAAAGAUGCUAUGAGUCAAGUUCUGUCACUACUAAAGGCCAAACAGGAGCAGGAAUUGGAGGAAUUGCGAAUGCGUCAGGAGGCAGAAGUACAUCAAGUUAUUGAGAAAUUGCAAAAAGUCUCUCCUCAACAGUUACAUGCAUUUCUUUCGGCUAGUAAUGAUAGUGAUGUUUUAGUUAUACCCAAAUCUCGGGGCAGUCCUCAGAAUGUUGGACAGAUGCCUACAAGUAGCAGUGCUGACUUCCAAACUCAAAGUGAGCACUUGAAAGUUAAGAGUGUUGCCCGAUCUAUAAGCCCAAGAAGUCCAAAAAGAAGUGUUGAUUCAAAGAAAAAGAGCAGCCCUGAUGAAGCAAUUAGAGUAAGAGCAAUGAGGAAUGUGCAUGAGGAUGGUGAUGAUGAUGAUCAGUCCACUGUGCCUUGUAUUGCAUAUCCUAUGGUAACUAGCACAGAAAGUGUCUGGUCGUUGUCACACCCUCUCGCUUCUUCGGCAGAGUACAUUGCAGAAUGCACUGGCCAUCCCCCUACACAUUCUGUUAUGUCAGUAAGUGAUUAUUCUACUUGCAUUUCUCAUGACACAUAUCCUACCUCAUCUCUUCCACUGAUGUCUGAGAGCAACUCAUCUGCCACACAUGUUUCCAUCAUGUCAGGUUCCUGUAGUAGUAUAACAGGGUCUUUGGCUGAAUCUCCUAAGCCUAGGCCAUCAAAUCAUACCAAUAUCAUGCCUUCAUAUUUCAUGUAUGAUGAAAAUAGAGUUUCAGGCGAGGUUCAGAAGGAUGACAAUUACAGAGCACACAUUGCUGAACAAAAUUCUACAUUUGUUGAAAGUAUUACCCGUCCACAGAAUGUGCCUCAAGUUUCGUCCUCCUUCAGUAACUCAGACCACAAUGCCGUUGGUUGUUCGGCUCAUGUCAAAAAUAACAAUCCUGAAACAGUUGACACUAUGAGUUAUAUUAAUGGAAACUGUUUAAGCUAUGGAGAUGGAAUGCAGUAUUAUAGACUCUUUACUGGAGAUGAGGACAAUAGCACGACAAAGACUACCUCGCAUAGCUCUCAGAUUGUGUCAUACCCACCUCAGAGCACAGACACUGUUGUACAGCCAGGCUUAUUUAGAGUAAUUGGUAACAGUCCAAGGCCUACGAGUAUAACAAGUCUUCUUAAAGAUCAUCCAGAAAUGUUUGGAGAAGAAGUUUUGGAAGUCAAUUUGGAACAUGAUGGUGAGUGGACCUCUACGGAGGCAGAACUUAGAGAGCAACAUGUUCAUUCUCGAGAGCAUCAUAGCCAUUCCAUGUCUCAUGGUGGAACAGUGUAUCUUCGUCCUCCCACCACUACAACAAGUACAAGUUCUAUUGUAGCUGAAGGUGGACUUGAUAUGGUUCCUGAAAGAGAGAAUGCUGCAGCUCCAAGUCAUCAUCUGGGUGAAAAUCUUAUUUUCAUAAGAGGAAUAACCAGAUUACAAGCGUGUGUCCGUCGCUAUUUGACACAGCGGUUGCUUCGUACUAAAUUUGUACAGGAACAGUUGGCAACUCUAUCUGAAAUUGCAAAGCUUGCCCAACAGUUUCAUCGAGAUAUACUCACCGACAAUAUUCAGAAAGGGGAUGUUGAUUUCCACAAAACAUUAUAUAAUCAGGAGAGAAUUGCUCGGGACAGAAUCCGUAGAGUAUUUGUAGUGCUAACUGUUGAAGAACAAAUGGCUCUCAUACAUCGAGAUCGACAGUUGUGGCAUCUACAGCAGGAAAGGAAAAGGGGCAGUGAUCCAAGAAUUUCACCAGUUCAUGUUAGAACAAGAAGCAGAUAUCAAGAAGACCGGCAGAGGUCAACAGUGCCAGUUAGAACAUCUACAAAAAGAGCUUCUCCUCAAGGAUCACGAAGCCAACAAGAAAGAAAGACACGCACAUCUGUAUCAGGUCCUACCAAGAGUAUUAGUAGUAGUAGUACUCCAUUAGUGCAACCAACCCUUGUUCAGCCGCCACAGUCAGCGUCACUUGUAAGGUCUGCUCGCUCUGAUUAUCGAAUGUCUCCAAGAGGAAGCAGGUUACCUGUACAUGUAGCAAGAUCAUCUUCAAAUUUAGAUAGUGGAACUCAUUCUGCAUACCGCUCUUCUAGCAGAGCUGCUCGGUCUCCAUCUCAAGAUUCUCAGUCUUCAGUGCAAACUGCAUCUCAUCGAUCUGGAUCCAGUAGUUCCCGAAGUAACAGUACUUCUCGUCUUUGUGGUCGAACAGGUACACAGGCACCAUCUAGAGUUACAAGUCAUAUGACAAGCACAAGAACUUGCACCAUCAGAAAUGCUACCAAUAGAGUUACUCCCCCAAGAACUGCUACAAAGACAUCAGUAGUGGGUCGGAGGCCUUGGCGGUGAUGGCGGAAGGAAAGAGGUCGCAAGCAGUGGCAGCUUCAGGCUUCAGACUUCUAUAACAUAUCCUGCAUCAGAGUAUUUCAAAUGGUCAGCUUGUGCAGGAUGAACUUGCCCACUGCAGAUCUUGCAUGAGAUGUCAUGAUAAUGCGGUAAAGGUUUUGAAAGUGAUAUAUGUUUUCAGUUGCUCUAUUUCUGGUGGUAACGUAUAUGUAUAGCAAUUGAAAAACUGUAUUAUUAACAGACCUUGUGGCUUCCACGUAAGGGGUUGCUAUUUGUUAAGUUUUUACUUUGAAGCAUUCCAUUUUUAAAAUACUCAGUUAUAUGUAUAUUGAACUUUACUUUGUAUUAAGCCUUUGUGGCCUUUAUAAAAUUAUUUCUCAUGAUUGUGGACAUGACUGUCGUUGUGAGUUCACAAUCUUAAGGUGGUGUUGAUUCUCAUUUUGCAUGUUUUAUUUUUUCAGUCUUAUUUAUGAACACUAUUUCACAUCACUUUCUGCAGCUUUCUUUAGCAUAUGUUUUGUAACAUUCCCUCUGAAACAUUUCAAACUUCAUUUUAGACUUUAAGGGAAAUUGCUGGCAAAAUAAAAGAUUAUAAAUGUAGCACUGGUAUAGUCUAGUUUGAAAGUAGCAAAGUCCUAAAUUCUCACUGGUAAGGAUCCAUUUGAUCCUUACCUUUGGCUUUGUAACAUAGCAAACAGUUGUGUCUAAUUUUUUGUAUAAUAAUCGGUGCCUUUUCUCUUCUUGUCAACAUAUCGUAUCAGAAAGGCUGAUCAUAUGACAUUGCAGUUCUGUAAAGAAAAUAACCAGUAAUCAAGAAAUUUCUUUGCUGAAUUUGAGGUGUUAUAUUGUUUUAUUGUAGCUGACAUUUCAGCUAGGUACAUAUGCAAAAAAUGUUCAUUAUUCCAAAUUAUGUGCUCUAUGAAGAAUUUCAGGAAACCUUUUAAUUUAUCUGUAAAACUGAACUAGGUAACUAUCUUUUCUUUGCACUUAUGUUGUCGGCUUAUUUUUUUUUAUAUAUUAUUAGAUAAACUGUAGUAUUUCAUCAUCAUCGUUGUUUCCAGUACCUUGCAGUGCAAAGGGCCUCUGUGAAAUUCCACCAUUCAUGUAUUUCCUGUUCUUUUAAUUCCCCAAAUCUCCAGCCACCUGUCUAACAUUCUCAUCCAAGUAGGGCUGAGUCUGCCAACUUUCUUAGUGCCCACAGGAGCCCAGCUGACAUUAUCAUAUACCACUCUCCCCCUGGGUAGUGCAAAGGACUGUCCAAUCCUCCAAUCCAUCUCACCUUCCAUUCAUUUUUAUCUUAUGUAAUUUCUCUUAUGGCAUUUCUUAAUCUAUCCUGCCAUAUGACUCCAUACAUUCUUACUAAAGCUUUAUUCUCAGAUUGACUAAAUCUUUUAGGUAUAGUUUUACUGUCCUACCAAAUUAUACAUAUUGUUCGAGUGUAAAAAUUUUUAUUUUAGUUAACAAAUUCAGUCUAUUCACUUUCCAGAUGUCACUCAACCUGCCCAGUGUUUGAAUUGUCAUUAGUAUUUCACUAAAUUUCAUGUCAAGAGAACUUAUAUUAGAAAUCACUGUUCUUAAAUACUUGAAGGAUUCCACCUCAUCAGUUCUUUUGUCUAAUGUUAUUUCAUCUCGUUGUGCUUUCUAAGUCCUCAUUAUUCUUGUUUUUCUUAGAUUCAUCUCUCUAGAUAUGUGAUACAUUCUAUUAAGCAAGCUCUCUAAAAUUUGUGAUCCGUGGAUGAAAAUGGUAGAACAUUUAAGUUUCUGAAGUUCUUCCCAUCUGAACCUUCUCUUCUUCUGUAACCACUUUUUCUUCAUUAAAAAUUACAUGAGAAGGGCAGUUAGCAAAGAUGGCAUAAUUGACUUAGGUAACUCCAAGAAAAUUGACUUUGCAUCUGCUUCACUCAUAACAUUGCUCUGUGGAUGCUGUCAUAUGUCAUCUCAAAAUCAGCAAAAAGCCAUUGGAGGGUUAUUUGUAAAUUCCAUACAUUGCAUGACAAUAUGUUGAGCAGACUGAUUCUGUGUAUUUGCACUACAUUUUUUAGACUGAAUAAAAUGUAGCAAGUUGGUCAACCAGCCAGGGAAUUAAAAUGUACUUAAUUAUGCCAAUGUAUUUAUGCCAAUAUACAUUGUAAACAAUGAUUUUAACUGUAAGGCCUCAAUCUUGUGGUCAUUUUCAUUUUAUUUUGUAAUAAGAGAACCCAGUAUUUCUCUCUUGAAAACUAUUAUUUUGUGUACCAGUAAUUUUUAUUUUUAUUGUACUUACGUGGAUGCAUUACAUUUUUUAAUAUAUAGCAAUAUACUAACAUUCCAUGACAUUUCUGACAAGCCAGAAUUUACCUCUACAUGGGGCUUACUUGCCCAACCAUGCAAGCAGUUUAAUGGUAAGGCAAUGAAUCUUCAUUCCGUCGCUGCAGAGAAAGAUGAUAUAGAGUAAGUUUAAGAUUAAAGUUUGUGUACUACCAAGAUACAGAUGUGUGCUGUGCUUAGAUCUUGAAAAACUGGAACCUGGAAACUGACCUCUUUCCUAAAUAAAACUUGAUGCUUUCACAAGACUGAAAGACAUUCUCAACCCUUGUUGUAUAUAUGUGACUUUCAUAAUAUCUCAUAUAGCCAUUCAUAUAUUCUAAAAUUUGCAUACUACUUUGAUUCUAUUUUAAUGGAAUAAGCUAGGUUAGCUCCAUUUACCUCCUUAGGGAGGAAUGCUUCUCUGUCUUGCCAUUUCUUUACUGUCACUUGAUAAUUCCAGAAUUCACCCUAUAUUCAUAGACCAGUAAUUCAUGUAUCCAGUCCAUUAAUGCCAUUAAUGUCAUUCAUUUCAUUCAUUAGGGAUAAAAUACUCGCCCACUCAUGAAUUUAUCCUAUAGUGUUUACAAUUUAUACCUGAAAUAAGUAUAAAAAAAUGUGUUUUUUUUUCAAACUUGGUUUUUCACUAUGUUAAUGUUGUGUUCUUCAUUAUUUGUAGAGGUUUCAAUAUUAGAAUACUAUAAAUGACUUAUUGAGAAUUAGUGAUAACUUAGGUAUCUGUAGGCCCUUAUUACUAAUGCAGUGUACAGUAUACAUAAAUUCCAAGAUCUGUCAUCACACUUUAAAAGAAUUCAAACUUUCAUUGCUAGGCACUAAGAUUCUGUGCUUCUAUUACUCUUUAUGCAAAAUAACACUGCCAAGCUAGCAAAAAUCUGUAAUAUUUUAGUGUUUUGGGUUAUAUGUUCAUACAUAUACGUACUGUACUUGUAUUUUCACUGUUUUCUUGCCUAUUUACAAAUUUUCCAAACUCUCUACAAUUUUACCAAAGACUUUAGCAAAAAACCAUACAUUCUUAAGAGUAGGAGGAAAUUGUGAAGUGCUAUUUAUUUUUGUGACAUUUGCAUCACUGGGCUUUUAUCUGAUUUCACCCUAACUGUUGACUUUAACUAAAUUUAAAAUCAACGUAGUUACAAGCUUCAAUCAAGAUCAUUUAUUAUCAAAGUAUGACAUUUUUCCACUGAUCUCAGUGUAUAGUCAUGUUCCAGUAGCUGUUAAAUGUUCAGCCGCAUAAUGAAAUUUAUCAGUUUGAAAUUGUGCGUUUACUGUUUAUCAAAGGUUUGAAGAUUAAACCAUGAUUUUACUAUGAUAGGAUACCUUUGACCGGGGGAGUGGCAGAUAACAGUUCUGAUACUGGUAGAGACUCGCAUGUAAAUAUAUUUUGUAUAAAGAGGGCCACUGUCAUGCUUGAAAAUAUUUGUUCAAAUAUUGAAGUUUUGUUGAAGGACCCUACAAAUUAUGAUCAUCAUAUUUGCUUUGAAAUUAUUUUAAAACAAAGUGUUUUGUUCUCAAUGAUUUGACUUUGAUUUUAAUUAGUCGAAUGAAUGAAUUUUUUUUUUUUUAUAUAUAUCUUGACUUUUGUAAUUAUCCUAGGGCAGUUUGUCUGUAGUAGUAUUCAUAACAUUACGUAUAACAUGUCAAAAUAAAAACCAAGUACAUACUUAUUUAUACUGGAUUGCAGUGCACAAAUUAUCCUAGCUGCUGAAGUGUAUUUAAUAAUAUGUGCAAUAUCCAUCAAUAUAUGGUAGCUAUGUAUGUAUAUUGUCUUCAUAUUAGCAACACCCUUAGUGUAUGUUUCUGUGUGAAAGUUGUAUAUCAUCCCUGGGAGCUUAUAAAUAUUGUAAGUGAAGAAAAUCUGUGCCUAAGUAAGUUUCUGGGGUUUUAAAAUAAUCUUCAGAUUUGCCUAUGCUGUAAAUUAUUGGUGUUGAGUUACUUACCUUACCUAAGGUAUUAUUGUACAAGACUUAAGGAACUUGGUUAAAAGUAUAUUUAAUUGUCUGCUAUGGGAACUCUCAUUGUGCAGUCAGGAGAAAUGCUUUAAGUUAUUUCAUUAAGGUUACUGCUGCAUAUCUACCUGUAUUUCUACUAGCUCAACAUCUUACAGUGCUUCUAGUUAAUUUAUUAGGUUGUUUAUGAAGGCCAUUUGAGACAUUAAAUUUUGUUACGAGAUUUAAUAAGGCUGAUACAUGGCCUUAGUGAAAAGGUCUGUACCAUUGUGCAUUUUUUCCAUGUAAGAUGGCUUGGAAUAUCUUAUUGGUUAGGGGUGCAAUUUUCCAUUCUUCUUAUACAUCAUAAUUAUGUAAUGCAGUUUAUGUUUUGAUCCUUCAGUGGAUGAAAUCUUUAUGGUAUAAGAAAGACAUGUUUUAAUGUCUUUUGCCUCUUAGUGCCAUUGUAUAUUAAUUGUGAAAAUUAUGUUUUUUAGGUAAAGAGUCUUAAACUGCUAACUGCUAUACAAUCCUGCCUUGCAUUUGCUAAUUCAGUUUAUGUUGGUUCACACGAGAUUUUCUUAAUUCUAAAUUCUGAAACACUUCAUUUAUACAAUAUCAGUCUUUGGUUUUGUGAAACAACCAGGUAAGUUUCUGUAAUGACUCAUUUAAAUGCUGUAUUUAUAGUCUCAAUAUUUGUAGACACAGUCUUUUGUUCAUAAAAGAAUAGGUAUAAUCUUGCAACAUUAGUACACCACCACCAACCACCUCAUACUUUGUACAGCCUUAGCAUUCAGCUGCAAAACAGCUGGGUAUUGACUGGGUACUUCAUAUUUGGUUGAACAGUUUAAAUAAAAAACGAGUUAUAUAUUAUAAAAGUUUAGUUUAUUCAUAACAACCAAUCAAUUAUAAAGUAGUAUAUGGUUUUGCUUUUGUUGCUGGUGAGGAAACACCACAUUCCACUAAUAAUGGUGCUGUUGCAGUUACCAGUAUUAUGAUCUCUGAAUUUCUUUGCCAUUUCACUGUGCCAGGAAUGUCAAUAGUACUCAAGUUUGGACAAGACUUGCAGAGCAGUUGACAGGUCGAGGAAUUGUGUGGAACUGUUAUUUUGUUGACAGUGACUAAUUGAAGGUUUUUUCUCAAAGAAACUAAUCAACUAGGCUGUGUAGGUGAGCAUCCUUAUGGUUAAAUAAAACCAGGCGGCUCAUGAAUAAUAGGUCAUACCCAUAGGGUGGUAGUGCCAUCAGUGCAUCUCACAUGGUGCACUGUAGGCAUUACUUAGGGUUUUUGCAGCCUCCUCUUCUUUUAUGAACAAAAAAGUUUGGGGUACAGUAUUGGAGACCACAAAUGAGGCAUUUGUAACUGAUGGUAUUGAUAUGAACAACCACGCUUAUGGAUAUCAGUUUUCUAGUGUCCCAAUAAAAAUGAACCUGGCAAGAUCUAUCUGACUAAAUUUGUGUUCAGAAGGAAAAAACGAAUAAAGUUAUGUAAUGUAGGUGAUGCUUUGUCAAAAAGGCUUUUUUUAAACAUCUGUACAGUAGCACAGAUUUAAUUUUGAAUGUAUAAAUGAAAGUGCAGAGUAAUACAAAAAAUAUAUGAUUAACAUGUCUUGUUUGGUCCUCAUUUUUCUGUCAAGUAGAUUAUAUAAAUAUAAUCUGCAUUAAUGGGGCCUUGUUUUAACAGGAUCUUUGUAAGGGUACAUCACUGAUUUGCAAUGCAAUUACAAUUUCAUUCCAUGCUAUGUUCAUCAUUCAACUACUUUAGAUAUUUAUUUAAGGUUUUGUCUAAAAAAAAAUUGUAGAUGUGCUAUUUUUGUCUUCCUUGUUAUGUUAUAUAAACUGAUUAUGCACAGUGUUGCACAUUUUGUUACAUCUUUUAGAGAUCUCAAGUGAAAUGCUAAUGCAAUAAAGCAUAAAGAUCGA